GUUCAUUUAUUUUCCUAUAUGUACUGUUUCCUGUAUAGUUUGUGUUCGAGUGAAUUUACUACAAUCGUAUAUUGAUAUUACCAUAAAUCACUAGAUCUGCCAAUUUUAGUCGCAUAUUCGUCUCACAAUUAUGGAUAAAUGAGCUAGAAGAUACUGAUUGUUUCUAGAAGUAGAAGCUUUAGUGAACAGAAGAUUAAUAGUUCAAAACUCCUUGAGUAAUUGCCUGAUAUUUCCUGCAGUAAUUUCCUUUCAAGUAACAAGAAAUUAGUUGAAUUAUUUUAUCUGACUAAGUUACUGUCAACAGGGGCGUAUCCAGCUUACUGACACCGUGUUCAAUUGAACACAUAAUUUUUGAUGUGGAACAUAAUUUAUAUGAAAAAUUCACUAAAAUUGUAACAAAUAGUAGAUAUGAACCAUAAUUUUAUAAAUAAAAUGAGUUCAUGGUAAGAACCUUAACUGUUGAACCCAUAGAAUUUAAAUCUUGGAUUCGCCUCUGGCUAGCAAUUGUAUACAUUAAGAGGAAUCAUCAUAUAUUGUUGAAGCGAUGAUUCAAAUGUCAAACUUCACGUGCUACUGAGUUUGCUCAAGAUGAAAAACUUUUCCAGCACCUGAAGGUUGAAGUACUAAUAAGUAUUCUCUUUUGCUGCUGGCUUUGUUUUGUUAGUACUAGUGAUGGAGGCAUUAUCAUUCCUCAAAGAAAAAGUAUGGGAACCAUACAUGGGACUCGAGGAAAAAAUGGAAACCCUUAAAAGAAAGAUGGAAGCAUUGAUCAGUCGAAGGGAUGAUGUCAUGGUUCAAGCAAAAGACGGAGAACUCCAUUCAAGUAAGAAACGGAAGACAGAGGUUGACAAUUGGCAGAGCAGCAUACAAAAACUAGAGCAUGACCUCAAAUGCUUUGAGCUAAAAAUAUAACAGAGUUCCAACAUUUCGCGCAUUGGGUUGUCAAAUGAUGCUGAUAAAAUUCAUAAAGAAGUGGAAAAUCUCCUAGACCAAGGUAAAUUUUCUGAAGGGAUUUUGCUCAAUGUGAAUGAAGAAAAGAUACAACCUUUGGUGACAACAAACGUGAAAGGCCAAAUAUUUUACCAGAGUAUGAGGCAGGUGCUAUUGUCUUUGAAUGGAGUUUCAAGUAUUGGCAUUUACGGAAUGAGGGGUGUGGGGAAAACGACUCUUGCGGAGCAUAUUCAUAACCAUCUCCUCAAAGAUUCAAGAUUCUCAGGUAACGUUUAUUGGGUCACUGUAUCACAAGAUUUUAGCAUUACUAAACUGCAAAGUGAGAUUGCUAAGGCUCUGAAACUUGAUUCAACUGAGGAUGACGAUAAGAAAAGGGCAGCCAUUUUGUACCAAAGUUUGGAGAGGAAGAUAAACUUUGUGCUCAUAUUGGAUGAUGUAUGGACCCAUUUUGAUGUAAAGAAGGCGGGAAUUCCUUUGGAUAUUGGUGGAGGUAAAAAAAUAGCAAAGAAAAUGACAAAGAAAUGUGAUGGAUUGCCACUAGGGUUAAUUACUAUGGCUGCAAGUAUGAGAGGAGUGAAUGAUGUUUUUGAGUGGAGGGAUGCAUUCGAAGAAUUCAAAGAAUCUUGUAUGCAAAUGGAGACUAUGAAUGAUAAAGUGUUUCCCAUUCUCUGCUAUAGCUAUAACAGAUUGAGGGAUCCAAGAUUACAAAAAUGUUUCCUCUAUUGUUGUUUGUAUCCUGAAGACUUCGAAAUUGAGAGAGAUGAAUUGAUUCAGCGCUUCAUUGUUGAAGGAUUGCUAGACAGAAGGAACAGCAGGAGAGCAGAAUUUGACCAAGGUAAUGCAGUGUUGAACAAAUUGGAAAGGGCGUGCUUAUUAGAAAGUGUAGUGAAUCGUAAUGAAAAAAAGAAAUGUUUGAAGAUGCAUGAUUUGGUGAGAGAGAUGGCAUUGCAAAUUGCAAGAGAUGAAUUUAAGUGGAUGGUGAAAGUGGGAGCACAAUUGCAUGAAGUACCGUGGGAGCAAGAAUGGUCAGAGGACUUGGACAAGGUUGCUUUGAUGAAUAAUGAUUUAAAGGAAGUUUCACUGCCCUUAUCUCAUGUACUUCCAAGGCUCACAACUUUGUUAUUACGAGGAAAUCGUAGCUUGAAUCAAGUUGUAGAACCUUUUUUUGCGCAGAUGCCAGGUCUACGUGUUUUAGAUUUAAGCUACACUGAUAUAGAAAAGUUGCCUAGUUCUGUAUCAAAUCUGGUAAGCCUCUCUGCAUUGCUGCUACGAGGUUGUCUGAAACUCAGAUUUGUGCCGCCAUUGAACAAGCUAAAGAACCUCAUUGAAUUGGACCUUUAUGGCACAAUUAUCGAGGAAGUGCCCCAAGGCCUAGAAAACUUGGUUAGUUUAAGAAGCUUGGACAUGAGAAGAGACGGCUAUGCUGGUUUAAGAAGCUUGGACAUGAGAAGAGACGAAACAACAUGGACCCAGGCACCAGUUAUGACACCAGCUGUAGAUAUAUUAGCUAGGCUCUCUAAUCUUCAAUCCCUUUCGGUUCCUUUUGUUGUACGAGUAGAAGAUUUACAAGGGAUAUAUUAUUUUUAUUAUAUUUUAAUUUUUUGACAAAAAAAUUAAUUU